GUAAAUGAAGAAAAUGGCGAAAAGAAAUGGAAAUUUGUGGAAGUAAAUCUGGUAGACCAUCUAAAAUUCCCCACAUAUCCUAUCGGAAAACCUUUGGAGUACUAUGAUGAGUGCCUGUCAGAGUAUUUGACAAAUAUAGCCCUACAACCAUUCCCACAGAGCAGGCCACUUUGGGAAAUUCACAUAAUUAGGUAUCCUACCAGCAUCGCCGCCGGGAAUUGCAUCUUUAAGUUGCAUCAUUCGCUCGGAGAUGGGUAUUCUUUGAUGGGCGCUCUUCUUUCUUGCCUCCAAAGGGCAGGCAAUUCGAAGCUUCCCCUCACGUUUCCUCACCGGAAAAGGAGCAAAAUGGAAAGAGAAAACUUUAUCAGCGGCAUCAUAAAAACUGUGCCCAGAUUCAUGUAUGGGAUUGCCCACACGGUUUUGGAUUUUUCUUGGAGUGUUCUUAAGAGUUGUUUGGUUGAUGAUGACCGGACGGCGAUUCAUUCACAAGAUGACGGAGUUGAGUUCCGGCCCAUCUCUCUGACUACUAUGUCAUUUUCAUUGCACCUCCUGACGCAAAUUAAAUCCAGUCUUAAUGUGACAAUAAACGACGUGAUGACGGGAAUAGUGACAUAUGGAAUAAGAUUAUACAUGCAAGAAAUAGAUAAAGAGACAUGCAACGGGAGAUGCACUUCGCUAGUAUUGUUUAACACAAGAGAAACCAAAGGCUACACGUCGGUAGAUGAGAUGAUCAAACCAAACGCGGAAAUGCCGUGGGGGAAUAGGUUCACUUUCUUGGCAUUCGGAAUUCCGAAGCUCAUUUUCGGCGGUGAGCCAUCUGAUCCCCUUGGGUUUGUCUUCAGAGCUCACCACAUGGUCAAGAGACAAAAGAGUUCAGCUUUAGUUUAUCUCAAUGGUCAUCUGUUGGAAUUCUUAAGGAAAUUCAGAGGCCCUGAGGUAACAGCAGGAUAUAUACAUGGAAUGUUGAGGAACACAAGCAUUACAAUGUCAAACAUGAUAGGUCCGGUGGAAGAAACAACUGUAAUUAAUCAUCCCGUCAAAGACAUGUAUUUUUUUGUAGCAGGCUCUCCACAGAGUUUAUCAGUAACAAUGGUGAGCUACAUGGGAAAUCUUAGACUCGCCAUUGUCGCUGAGAAAGAUUUCAUAGAUAGGGAGAAGAUAAAGUCAUCCAUUGAGUAUGCUUUUGAUGAAAUCUUCAAACUCAGUGUCAAAACAUGACCAACCUUUUAGCUAUUCAUGUUCUUUAAAGACAAUUCGAUGGACUAGCUAAAACUUAAUAUAUACUAUCUAUUGUGUAUGGUUUGAUGAAAUGCAUAGGUAGUGUAUUACAUUUGUGCUAUAGCUUAUCAUAGCUUGAUAGAUUAAUGUACUUCUUCACUGUAGAGUCAGUAUUCAUGUAUUUUAGAUACUCUGUAGUACUUAGCCAUGCACAUUUGUAUGCAUUUUACAUAUUAAUGUAUUACUCAUUUUUAAUAAGUAUUCAGUGUAUUUAUAAGCACAAA